AUGCCAUCCUAUGUAAAAUUUUUAAAGAAAAUUCUUUCCAAGAAAAAAAGGUUGGAAGACAAUGAGACAGUUGCUUUAACAGAGGAAUGUAGUGCUAUCUUACAAAACAAGCUACGUCUAAAGUUGAAAGAUCCUGGAAGCUUCUCUAUAGCAUGCCUAAUUGGUAACAUGAACAUAGACAAAGCCCUCUAUGAUUUUGGAGCUAGUGUGAGCCUGAUGCCCUUAUCUAUAUGUCAAAAACUGAAUAUUAGAGAAUUGAGACCAACUACUCUCUUGUUACAAUUAACAGACAGGUCUGUUAAGUAUCCAGUUGGCAUCUUAGAGAACAUCCCUAUCAAAGUGGGUAAAUUCUUCAUUCCUGUAGAUUUUGUUGUCCUAAAAAUGGAGGAAGAUAUCCAAAUUCCCAUAAUAUUAGGAAGGCCUCUCUUGGCAACCGCCAGAGCAAUUAUAGAUGUAAAAAAUGGGCGGUUAACUCUCAAAGUGGGAGAUGAAGAAGUGGAGUUUAACUUAUGUAGAGCAAUGAAGUACAAACCUAUGUCUAAUGAAUGUUUAAAGGUUGACAUCAUAGAUAAGCUAGUAGAGGAAGAAUUUCAAAAAAGAUAUCCCAAAGACCCUCUUGAAGCUUACAUAGUACAUAGUCGCACAGUGGAGGAUGAAAAUAAAGAAAAUACAGGAUAUGCACAGUCUUUUAAAGCUACACCUCUACCUUUGGCUCGAGCACCACUAGUAGAAAAGCUAUAG